GCCCCAGCCCCAGCCCCAGAUGGCGAACGCACCCGCCCACGCUGCCCUGAGGGGCCCGGCCCUGCCCGCACCUCAGCCGGACUGCAGACAUGUUGCCCAGACACUGCAGCCGCAGCCGGGCAGCGCCCAGAGCAGAGGGAGCUGUCCCCAGGCCGCCACCACCCGCUCGCCCGUGCCCGCCCACAGGCCGGGCAGCACCCGCAGGUGACACCAGGCCCCGCGCCCACACAGCCAGUCGCACCAGAGGCCUCCGGCCGCUACCCCACCGGGCACACAGGCCCGUUGUCCUCUGCCGUGCAAACAGACGCCCGCCUGUGAAGCAUCUUUGUUCCCAGAUGUGAAUAGGUCCACUGUGCCAGGCUGUCCUCCAUCCGGGGACCAGGGUGCGGCGGGGGCACAGACCAGCAAUUGGCAGAGGGCACUUCGCGCCCCGCUGGGCCUUGGGACGGCGCACUCCCUGGGGCCGCCAGAACCGGACCAUGGACCCCACGCUGGGGAGAAUGGCGUCCUCCCUCCUGGCCUUCCUGCUGCUGCUGGAGGGGGCCAUGUUCUCCCCGCCCGCGUCCUCGCCGCCCGGGCCCAGCCUGCGGGAGCGGCUCUUCCGGCACAUCGACCUGCAGCAGGGGGACUUCGUGCAGACCCUCAAGGAAUGGGUGGCCAUCGAGAGCGACUCCGUGCAGCCGUCCCCCCGCCUCCGACAGGAGAUUGCCCGGAUGAUGGCCGUGGCCGCCGAGCAUCUGCGGCGCCUGGGCGCCAGCGUGGACACCGUGGACAUGGGCUGGCAGUCGCUGCCCGACGGUCAGAAGCUGCCGAUACCGCCCAUCAUCCUGGCCGAACUGGGCAACGACCCCAGGAAAGCCACGGUGUGCUUCUACGGCCACCUGGACGUGCAGCCCGCCAGGCCGGAGGACGGCUGGCUGACCGAGCCCUACACGCUGACGGAACUGGACGGAAAACUUUACGGACGGGGAACCACGGACAACAAAGGUCCUGUUUUAGCGUGGAUUAAUGCCGUGAGCGCCUUCACAGCCCUGGGGCAGGUAGGUGGCUGGCUGUGUCUGGGAGACAGGCUGGGACGUGAGGACAGAGCAGGGAGAGCUUGGCAGAAGCCAGGAGGUCCUGCCAGGAGUAGGGUGACCCGCGCACCCCCCCGCCGGGGGUCUGCCGUCCUGGGCAGCCUGUGGGGGGGGGGCGGGCGGAGGCCGUUCUCGGGAAGGGCGUGGGGCAGCCACCCGCCCACGCCCUGCCCCCACUUCCAGGUGAAGUGCCGAGACCAAGACUUUCACUCGGGAAGCUUCGGGGGGAUCCUGCACGAGCCCAUGGCGGACCUGGUCGCCCUCCUGGGUAAUGUCUAUGUCGCCUCCCGUUUGCUGUUAGGACGGCGAGAGCCGUGGGUGACCGGGCCGGCCCAGCUCCGUCUCGGGGUGGAGCCCCGCGGCCCGCGGCCCCUCGGCUCGUCGCCUCCCUCCCUGCUCUGCGGCACCGGGAGGCCGGGCAGCUGCGGCUGCUUCGGGGAGCCCAGCUGCGCUUCGCUGACCCGGGAACCAGUGCACGUGCUGUCCGGCCAGGCCAGGCCCGGGCGCUCAGACGGGAGCCGGAGGCCCGAAGCCCGGGCCACUCGCGGCCCGGCACACAGGGCGGCGGGCAGGCGGCUCCAGCGGCCGGGCCGUGUGAGGUGGCACAGGCGCGGAGACGGGUGUUUGACUUCAUUCUCCGGGCCUCUGAUGGCCACUCAGGAGGAGAUCCUGAUGCACCUGUGGAGGUACCCGGCUCUCUCUAUCCACGGCAUCGAGGGCGCAUUUGACGAGCCUGGGGCAAAGACGGUCAUACCUGGCCGCGUCACGGGCAAGUUCUCCAUCCGCCUGGUCCCUCACAUGAACAUAUCGGUCGUGGAAAAACAGGUACCAAGUGUGUGCGGUUCUGUUACAGUGCAGGGAGAGGCCCCAGAGCCCCCGAUCUGCCACCCCCACUGUCAAGAAACUGACUCCCUGCCGCCGCCCCCCGGCCCAGACAGACACAGCAAACGCCACGUCUGCAGAGGUGGCGAGGGCGGGCUUGCCCUCAUUUUAUCCAGUAGCUCCUUUCCCUGCAUUUCAGUGUUUGGAUCAGAGCCAGACAUGAUCCGGGACGGCUCGACCAUCCCAGUUGCCAAAACCUUCCAGGACAUUAUCCAGAAGAGCGUGAUGAUGGUGCCCCUGGGCUCUGUGGACGACGGGGAGCACUCCCAGAAGGAGAAGAUCAACAGGUGGAACUACAUAGAGGGGUCCAAGUUAUUCGUCGCCUUCUUCCUCGAGCUCGCCAGGCUGCACGCAGAGCCCCAGGGCCACGUCGGCUAGCUCCGGCCCUCCGCGGAGCGCCUCUUCCACCCCCCCAA